AUGGCUGAGCAGGUGAGUAGCCAUACACCAAAGGUGGGUGGAGAUCCUCAACCUGAUGAAGUAAAUACUCCAGUAUCCCCUCGUGAAGUGCGACUUGUGGAUAAACUUACUGGUGUUAUUCGACAGACUCUCGAAGAACACAAAAAGAAUAAUGAUAACGGCAAAGAGGAAGCCACUGGAGAAUCUUCGAGGGAGAUGACGAGACAUCCCUCAUUCAAAACUUUCAAGAGUAGUGGUGCUACAGAGUUUUCUGGUUUCCUUAAUCCCAUAGUUGUUCUAACUUGGAUUCAGAACAUAGAGAAAGUAUUAUGUAUCUCUCAUGUGGAUAAUGAAGACACGGCUAAUUAUGCUCCUGCAAUGCUCACCGGAGAAGCCUUGGUCUGGCGGGAAGCAACAUAUGAAGCUCUCAACGGGUUUGACCAGGAUAAUUUAUCAUGGGAGUUAUUCAAAACUCAUUUUCUAGGAAAGUAUUGUCCUCUAGACAUGAGUAGAAGAUUAGAGAAAGAAUUCCUCGAGCUUAAACAGGGAGGAAUGAUUGUGAAUGAUUAUGAAACUCAGUUCAAUCAAAAAGCAUGGUUUGUUUAUGAAAUCCGCGAUUUCGUGACUAAUCGGGAUGUUCUGUCAUUUGAUAAAGUUGUUGAGUAUGCUCGAAAAAGUGAGCAUGACUUAGAAAUACGUGGUGCCACUCUUUUUGUUCCAAAGCAUCCACAUAUUGAUCGAACUGCUUAUGUGCAAACUCAUAAUACCCCCCGUGGCCACGGUAGGUCACAAUCUUUUUCUCUUCAAUCGCCAUUGUGUCGAAAUUGUGGAAAUAAUCAUCCGGUCGAAUGCAGAUUAGAAAAAGGAUCGGUGGUUUGUUAUGGAUGUGGAGAAGUAGGCCACAUGAAGUAUGUUUGUCCGAUGAAGAAUGUUACAUGUUUUGCUUGUGGUGUUGCUGGCCACAAGAAGCGUUUUUGCCCUACUCUUACUAGUCAAAUGACGGGAAGUCAAGUUUUUGUUCAACAACCGGCGAGAAGUCAAGCUCCUGCUCAACAACCAAAGAGUACUCCAACUAAAAAGGAGGAGGUGCCAAAAGUUAAAGGUCGUGCAUUUCAGAUUACCACAGAGGAGGCACGUGAAGACCCAAAUGUUGUGACUGGUACAUUUCUAGUCAACUCUAGUCCUGCCCAUAUCUUAUUUGAUUCUGGUGCAGGGCCGAUCCUAGCCAAUUUGAGGCCCGGGGCGAAAUAG